AGGCAAGCAGGCGGCUCCAUGCAGGCGAGCAACCUUCAGACCAUUGCAAUCUGGAUGCCCUUUGCGGAUAAAAGAUGUAUCAUGGAAUGAACCUGAACAGCGGGGAUCCGUUCCUAGAGAAGCAGCGGCAUCAGCAGUCUCCACCGCAGCAUCAGCAGUGUUCCCAGGCCAGGCUCUCCCUGGUGGUCCUAGGGUUCCAGCUGGCUCUGUGCUUUGGCCCUGCACAGAUCACAGGCGGUUUUGAUGUUCUCCACGCUUGUGCUGAUCCUGGAUUUCCGGAACAUGGAUAUAAGUUGCAUGGUGCAGGUGUUUUUUUCGAAAGUUCAGUAGUCCGGUUCCAUUGCCAAGAAGGAUACAGGCUUAAGGGUCCACCUAAAAAACUUUGCGUGAGACAUUUUAAUGGCUCUCUGAGCUGGAAGCCAAGUGAUAAACCUGUGUGCCUAGAAGAAGUCACAGAUUGCCUUGCUCCACAUGUUGAAGAUGCAGAGGUUCAUAACAAGACAUACAGGACUGGAGAUAAGUUAAUAAUCAGCUGUCAUGAAGGAUUCCAGAUCCGUUACCCUGAUUUAGACAACAUGGUUUCAGUAUGUCAAGAUGAUGGAACGUGGGAUAACCUGCCCAUUUGCCAAGGUUGCCUGAGGCCCUUGGCUCUUCCUCAUAGUUACAUUAACAUAUCUGAGUUCGAGUCCUCCUUUCCAGUAGGAACAAUGAUAUAUUAUCAGUGCUUUCCUGGAUAUAAACUAGAGGGGACAGAGUUCCUUGAAUGCAUGUAUAACCUUAUCUGGUCAGAUAGCCCACCUAGGUGCCUUGAUGUGGAAGUUUGUCCACUACCUCCUAUGGUGACUCAUGGAGAUUAUAUAUGCCAUCCGCGGCCUUGUGAGCGUUACAACCAUGGAACUGUGGUUGAGUUCUAUUGUGAUCCUGGCUAUACUCUCACCAAUGAUUACAAAUAUAUCACCUGCCAGUAUGGAGAAUGGUUUCCUUCAUAUCAAGUAUACUGUGUCAAAACAGAGCAAACCUGGCCAAAUACACAAGAAACUCUCCUGACAACAUGGAAGAUUGUGGCAUUUACUGCUACCAGUGUUCUUCUGGUGCUUCUGUUAGUUAUUCUUGCCAGAAUGUUCCAGACCAAGUUUAAAGCACACUUCCUUGCAAGAGGUGCCCAGGAGAGUUGCAGCAGUGACCCUGACUUUGUGGUGGUGGAUGGCGUUCCUGUCAUGCUUCCUUCCUAUGAUGAAGCCGUGAGCAGUGGCUUGAAUGGCUUGGCACCUACAUGUAUGUCCCCUGCAGGCCAGGGGUAUGUUUCACAAACAGAUGAUCAGAACCCUCCAGCUUAUCCUGGUCCAGAAGACUUGGACAGGUUGCCAGCUGAAUUUGACACCUGUGACAGCAUUUCAGGCUCUUCUGAACUCCUUCAAAGUUUGUACACCUCUUCAGUGUGUCAAGUGGGAGCACAUCCUGUCUCAGAGAGAACUGAUGCUAUCAACAGCACCACUGGGGAAGUAGCAUCCACCAGCCCAAGCAUUGACAUUGCAGAUGAAAUUCCAUUGAUGGAUGAAGACCUUUAAUCUGCACAAAUCUUGCUCAUUACUUGCUCAUACCUGGGGGGGGGGGAAGAAUCAUGCACAUAUGUAUACAUACCUAUAUAUCUAUAUAAAUCUCUAUAUAAAGACUUCUUAAAAAUUGGGUGGGGAAGGGUAUUUUUUGUUUUUAUAAAUCUUCCACAUGAUAAUGUCACCAGAUUUUGUGCACACAUCUUAAUCAACUUUGGGGGUUGAGAGCAUCAGCUAUUCAACAGCAGCUUUACAAAAUGAAUCCUGAGGAUUUGAUGAGACUAGUCACAACAAAAAGAACUGUAGAUUCAUGGAAUAGUGACGAGUGUGUAUCUGCAUCGCAGGAAGUCUUAACAACUCUUUAGAAACAACCAGCGAGAGUGAUUUGUGGUACAGGUACAAACUGCCUAAUGAAAACAUUAUGUAAAUUUUGCUUUAUCAAAGCUGCUUCGUAUUUAUGAUGGACUACAAUUUAAAAGGAAACCUAACUUAUUCAGAAAAAAAAUA